GCCCCGCGAAGACUCCGGCCAUGGAGGUGGAGUUCGAGGAGGGGGAGCUCGCCGACUCGGACUCCGGCUCCGAGAACCACGGCAAGGCGCCAACAACUAACAAUGUACGUGCCUGGCCCUUCUCGUGUGCUCCUCGAGGGGGCAGCAGCGCUCAAGGCAGCAACACCACCAAUGCGACGUUUGACGCCGGUGCUGCAGGGGGCCGCUCGUGCCCCCCUCUCAUCGACACAGCAGUUCGGUACCGCGCCACUAACAAGGGCUUUUCCAGCAAUGAUAGCGACAGUGACUCAGAUGACGACGAGGAGCGCCUGUGGAGGAGAAAAAGGCUGAAGAACAAUAAUCAGCGGCCCCCCGUUCCGAUGGUAGCUCAGCCCAUUCCCCCAGCCAGGGGACCGGCUCGCCCGGCUUCCCGCCCUUCAGAUAAUUCCAGGAAGGUGAACAACGUCUGGGGCGCAGUGCUGCAGGAACAAUGUCAGGAUGCUGUGGCCCAGGAGAUUGGUAUUCUGGGUGUGGAGGCAGACCUGAGCAUCAGGACCCGUGAUUCUGAAAGUUACAACUACAUGUUGGCAAAAAAGAUUCGGCAAAAAGAAGAGACUCAAGAGUUGCUCAAACUAGAAGCUGAGUUGGAUGGCUAUAUGCACACUGCGAGCAAGGAUAUGCAGUUGGCUGAGGAGCAGUGUGAGGACCUCAAGGAUGAAGCAAAUGCACAGUCCAGAGUUCAAAAGCGGAAGCGUAGGCCGGUGAAAGAACGGCUCGGUGAGAGGGCUGAAAUGGACUUUGUCGGUCGCUAUGAACUUAAAGAGGAUGAUCCAGCUGAUAGGAUAGCUGAAGAAAUUGCUUACAGGUUACGCGAAGCCAAAGAAGAUUUAAUUGUAAGAGUGGUGAGCAUCAUCGGUGUUAAGAAAUCACUCGAGCUCCUUUAUGAAACUGCUGAAAUUGAGCGGAAUGGAGGCUUGAUGAUUGUGAAUGGCACCAGAAGAAGAACCCCUGGAGGAGUGUAUCUGAAUCUUAUGAAAAGCACCCCCAGCGUCACCCAGGAACAAAUCAAAGAAAUAUUCCACGAGGAAAAUCAGCGAGACUACGCAAGUAAAAAGGCAGCCUUGAAGCGACGGAAGCAUUUAGUGGCACGCUCAAUGAAGCGAGCGAUUCAGGGUCUGGAUCUGCAGGACCCUGAAGAUGACACUUCACGCGAGACCUUUGCCAGCGACACCGCCGAAGCUCAGCUGGCUGCUCUGGAAGAUGUGUGCGGCCGUGAUGUGCGCGCUCCAACUCCACAACCGCCUCCAAGCCCUGCCACAGGCGAUUCACUCGAGCUUGAUCACCCAAACGACCUAGAACUCUUCUAACCUAACUAGAUUUCCUGAAGCUUGCUUCAAAAUGUGUAUAUAUUUUACCACCUGUAAUUGUGUUUUCCUUCCUUCACCCUCCUUCAAUGUUUCCCCCGAGGCUUGUAACCUCAAGACUCAUGUCGUGUUUCCUUUGCAAACAAUUUUUUCAUUUCAGCAACAAUUAUACACAUUUGCCCGUAACAGUGUGCAGGGGCAGCAGAGGGUAGUAUCACUGGUAAAUGAAAAUACCGAGAAUGUCAGUAUCUAGAUGACAAGCGUACCAUUGAUUUAACCAUGUUUUUUUUUUAAUGUGGUGAUAAAGGCAUUGUUUGAUCAAAGCUAAAAAAUAUGUUCCAUUGUUGUUACAUUUGUUAUUUGAAGUGUCUUGAUGCAUACUACAGUGUGUAUUAGUAUUCAAGUUAUGAGUUCACAUUUUCAUAAUAAAACAACAUUACACAUCCA